UCUAGUACUGCUGCUGCUGUGGGAACGACCACCAUUCCCGGCCGUAGGAAACUACUAUAUGGUGGCUUUUGCGUUAUCUCUAUACGGAAUUCGAUGCUGUUGACGGAUGCAACCGACCUGAUCAACAAUGUUGACAUCACUCGGAAAGAGCCGUCUUCCCUUACCUUGGGUGGUGUGGAUGUAUCGUCAGAUGGCAGUAGCGUGUUCUUCUCGGCUGCAGGCAAUGGUUCCUCGAGGAUACUUAGGCUGUCACAGGACGGUGAAGGGAACAUGAAUCCACCAUUUCUAGCGGGCGUGGACUAUAUCGGAUACCACGAGGGGAGUGGGACUUCAGCAUGGUUCAACGACUCCCAGGGCAUUGCGCUCUCGGCGGAUGGGUCAGUGGUGUAUGUGGCUGACAGUGGAAAUCAAAUGGUCCGGGCUGUAGAUGUCAGCACCGGUGAAACGAGCCACUUCGCAUCCACAUACUCAGCCCCGAACGGUGUGGCGAUCGACCACGACAACAAGAAAAUGUACGUCUCAUCGACCUCUAGCAUACUUACUGUCCAGCUAGAAGAGAAAGCGGCCAAAGUCCUGGCAGGCCCUCCGAUCGGGAGCGACACGACAGGUUGGGUGGACAACAACCUGUACUCUGAGGUACGUUUCCAUGAGCCACACGUCGAGCCCUCAGCGCUGUCAGGGGAUGGAGGUGUGUUGUAUGUGGCCGACACGCUGAACCAUCGGAUUCGUAGAGUGCACACAAAUAACGGAUUGACGGAGACCAUAGCCGGUAGCACGCAAGGUCAUCAAGAUGGCACACCGAUUGCCGCCCAGUUCGAUGAGCCUCGAGGGAUGGCCUUAACGUCCGAUGGAUGCAAUCUGUUCGUAUGUGAGAGGCAUGGCCAGUUACUGAGAAGGAUCACCUUCCAGUCACCAGGUGGCCCAGCCCUAGCCGUCGAUACCGUUGCCGAUCUAGGGGGGGGUGCAGGUGAGGGCAUGUGCCAAUGCGGAUCGCUCGCCAUCAGUCCAAACGAUGAUUUCAUCUUGUUAGGGGCAGAGCACAGCACACUGUUCAAACUGCAUAUAAACACGUCAUCGCUUUAUACCUGCUCUACGCCCUCUCCUCCUCCUCCUCCUCCUCCUCCUCCUCCUCCCUCCCCUCCUUCUUCUGUGCCAUUGCAAGAAGAGUCAGCUCCUCUGCAACCUGCAGUGUCUUCUGGUGGUCCCCCCGAGGAAGAGCCUCUAUCACAGCAAGCUUCUCUAUCUUCUCCAAGGGAUGCAGACAUCUCAGAUGAAGCCCUGUCUUCGUCUGCAAGUGCCUCUGUGCCAUGGGCACCUAGUGCAUGGAUCUCAGACUCCGCAGAUGGAUCAGACUCGGCGAGAGAAUCUGUGCCGACGUCCAGCAGCGCACAUUCCUUGAGUAUGUCUGCACAAUCUAGACCCACUGGCAAGGGUUCAACCUCUGGGUCAAAGAUACAGUCUAUGUCGCUCUCGUCCAGCUCGCUUGUGUCCGCAGACUCUGAGAGCAGGACCACGUCUUCGUCCACGCCGUCCGAAGGGUAUUAUGAUAGUUCACUCCACAGCUCCUUGCUUCGAGCUGGCGCUCAACAGCUGGGUGAAAACAGUGCCGCGACGUCAUUGCCAGCUGGCGAGGGUGGAGGGGGUUCAAGCAAACGUUCACGCGUGGGAGUUCUUGCAGCAGCGAUACUAGGAAGUGCGGUCGGCGCUGUGGCGUUGACGCUCAUUGUGACCUGGCUGAUCUCCACGAGGAGGAGGCACCAGGACGCGGACCUGGAGAAGAAGGGAGGAUUGGGUAUGGGUUUGGGUUUGGGUUUUGCUUUUAACUUGGGUUCCGGUGGAGUCAAGAAUGGGAACAGCUUGAGGUGCUCCACGUCCGUUAGCUCUGGGAUAAGUGGCAUGAUGACAAGUGGCCUCGGGGAUCACGGAGGGGAAAACCGGGACGGUUUGCUCGGAAUACACAAGAUGACGAAUUUCUCUCUUGAGACGCUAGCUCACGCAACUAGUAACUUCAGCACGAAGCAUCUUGUACCUAAGAAAGGAGGUUUCGGUGAAGUGUACCGGGGUGUGCUCGAGGAUAAGCGUGUGGUUGCGAUCAAGAAGAUGACAGGAGAGCUAACCGAUGCCAAGUACAGGCAGUUUCUCGCGGAAGUGCAAGUGCAGAGCAAGCUGCAUCAUGCGCAUCUUUGUGAGCUGAUGGGUUACUGCGCCGAAAAGGACAAACUGUUGCUGAUAUACCCCUUCAUUCAUGGGGGAAGCCUGCACGAUUGCCUGCAUGGUUGUGACGAGCAAGUGAAGAAGGAGGAGAGCUGCAGCUGCAGCAGCACCACGAACAUGAGUCAGAGCAAGAGGUUAUCGAGCUUGCCUUCCUUGUCAAAGAGCUCCAGUUCCAAGCAGCCCGCUGCUCAGCUCAACCUGGACUGGCAAACGCGUGUCACCGUAGCUAUGCACAUUGCAAUGGUGCUUCGGUACUUGCACGAGGAAGCGAAUCCGCCCGUCGUGCAUCGGGAUGUCAAAAGCAGCAAUAUCUUGUUGGAGACGAUCGCUGGGACCACCAGGGUCUGGGCAUGGCUUACCGAUUUCGGGCUUGCGAAACUUGGAGGCAAUGCACUGCUCGAUGUCCAGGGCAACGCGCUGCAGACAUGCCACUUGUCCGGUACGUACGGCUACAUGCCACCUGAGUACUUAGUAGACGGCAAAUUGACUGAGAAAAAUGACGUCUAUGCGUUCGGAGUCGUCCUUUUGGAGCUGAUCACUGGCAAGAAAGCAGUUAUCAGAGAUAAUGGGUCGCAAACUAUUACGCUUGUAGCAUGGGCAACUCCACUUCUGGAGGUGUUGAGCACAUCCUCUCUUAUGGAGAUCACUGAUCCCGAACUAAACAUUACCGCGAUGCAAUUGCGAACCGUCUACGCGCUUGCUAACGUCGCAGCAAAGUGUGUGCAGCCCUGGCCAGACGCUAGACCUGCCAUGAGUGAAGUGGUUGAGCGGAUUUCGAGAAUCAAUGCCACUUUCAGCACCCUCCAGCAUUCUGUGGAUUAACAGAACAUAUGCUGUCAGUGACUGACCUGGACUGGCCUGCUGCGGACUGGCGGACAAGGAGCUGGCUGACUGCUCAUGCAGCUUGCCUC